AUGUCGGAGAGUGUUGACAGAAAUUUUGUUGAGGAGAUCACCAACCAUUUGUUUGAGCCUCCUGCCGCACCAAAGGGUCGCGGCCUUGACCUGGUCUCUUUGAACCUCCAAAGAGGCAGGGACCACGGAAUUCCUCCAUACAGAGAUUACAGGAAAGUGUGUGGUCUUCGUCCAAUUGUAGACUUUGACGACACCGAAGCUCUCGGACCUUAUGUUGCUCAGCUGGCAAGAGUUUACAAGUCAGUUGACGACAUAGAUCUGUUCACUGGGCUAGUGCAUGAACGUCCAUUGAGGGGGGCCAUGGUUGGACCAACAUUGAGCUGCAUUCUGGGCACCCAGUUCUACAAUCUCAAGUAUGGGGACAGGUUUUUCUUUGAUACCGAUGAUUCAGCUAUCGCAUUCUCAAAUGCUCAACUCAAGUCAUUGCGCAAUGUCACUCUAGCCAAGGUCAUCUGCGCUAAUACCAAUGCUUUCAAACAAUAA